GGGACAGCUGGCCCCUCGUCUGCCUGUCCUGCCUCAUUGUCUCUGCCUCUACGUCCCUCCCUCCGGUUAGGGGUACCAUCCCUGCCUCUGACCUCCUCCACCCCAAGUAGACGUCUCUGCAGUUAUGUUCAUCCUGUUCUUCGCACUGCCUCUUCUGCAGGUCACUGCCAGCACAGAGAGGAGCGAGGAUAAGAUCAUUGGUGGUCAAGCAUGUAUUCCGCACUCCCAGCCCUGGCAGGCUGCGCUGUUCAUCAAUCAGAACUUCCACUGUGGGGGUGUCCUGCUGUCCAGUCGCUGGGUCCUCACGGCAGCUCACUGUAACCACUGGAACCUUCGAGUGGUCUUGGGAAAACAUAAUAUCAAGCGCCUGGAGGCCUAUCAGCAAUCCUUCAAGGUGGAGCGCCGGGUACCCUACCCCACAUACAACCCCAGGAACAGCGACAAUGACCUCAUGCUGCUCUACCUGCAGAAGCCAGUGAGGCUGACCCCCCAGGUUCGCCCCAUUCAGCUGGCCAAAGACUGUGUCAAUCCUGGCACAGCCUGCCUGGUGUCCGGCUGGGGUACCGUGUCGAGUCCGUUUGUCAGAUAUCCCAGUGCCCUCCAGUGCGUGAAGAUUGGUAUCAUAUCUGCAGAAGAAUGCAAAAAUGCUUACCAAAAAUCCAUCACUCCUGGCAUGGUCUGUGCUGGGGUCGAGGAAGGUGGGAAGGACUCGUGCCAGGGUGACUCUGGAGGCCCCUUGGUGUGCAAUGGGGCCCUGCAGGGCUUGGUGUCUUGGGGCAUGGAACGCUGUGCCCUGCCCAGGUUUCCCGGUGUUUACACCAACCUCUGCCGUUACCGGACCUGGAUCCUAAAGGAAAUGCAGAAGAAUUGAUGAGCUCCCCCCACACUCCCAGGAGGAUUCCCCAGUUCAGCCUGUCCUCAGUCCUGCCCUCAGGGACAGGUGGCCCGAAACUACAGCCUUACAUCCUACAAAGGAUCCUCCCCCCUCCCCCAAGGACAGGACUCAGCCAUCCUGACUUCCUAACCACUGACCUCUGGAGGACCCAUCUCUAGUACGGAUUUGGAUUCAUGGAAAGAGAAUCAAAAGGAUUUAGAGUUGGAAAGGACUUUAGACCCUGAAAGCGCAGGCUGGAAAGGACCUUUUAGUAAGACCCUAUACUCGAAUUUUUACAAAUGGGGAAACUGAGGGUAAGCAUGAUCUCCUAAUGUCACAUAGCUAGGAUGUAACAGUUCCAGACUGGUGUUCUUUCCCCGAUCCUGGGGUCUGAAGGCAGAUCUAUCCCCAACCUCCCAGGUACUCUAGCCACUUUCAUGAAUCCACUGCCUUGCUCAGGUAUCCAAAAUAAUAGGUAACUUAACAGGUCCCUCUUGGUCACCCCUCCCC